UUUAAAACGGAAUUUUAAAACCGAUAAUAAAAAUCAUGUUAUUAUAAACAUUAAAAAAUGGGAUUUUUCGUCUGCUUGAUUUUUGUAUUAAAAUGUGUUACAGUGUCCGAUGGCAGCUCCAUCAACAACAAUCCUGGAUCUGUCAGUAUACAUGAGAAUUAUGAUGGGACACAUAACUUGUGGAGCAUCUCGGCCACUUGUUAUGUACGAUACACUACAUCAUACACGUGUUACACCAGACGAUAUUAUAGCUGUGGUGACGAUAACCAUUGUUCUUAUAACGCGGCAAAAACGUGUUAUAAGCAUGCAUACACAAAUGUUGCGUGUAACCAGUUCCAAAUAAGUUCAGACUCUUCAGGAAACUUUCAGAUGAGUGGUAACAUCGUUCAAAAGAAGACAUGUACAUCACCUAAUUGUGGUCCAACGUGCAACGCUGACGGAUGUCUUAACAGUGGUGAACGUCAUACUGUUGGUGUAACUGCCUCUAGAAGUGGAUACGAAACAGAUGGUUCAGUUUCUGGAUCGUUCACGGUCAACGUAUAUGCAGCCAAUCCCCCAACAUUUUCCUAUAGUCCGCGGAACUCGAUAAGUGUAUCCCACGACACGGCGGGUAUAGGAACCGUCAUCAACACAUUAGUUCCGUCCUUUCUAGAUGACGGUAACGAUUAUGAUUACAUACGAUAUCGUCAGAACAGCGGGCCGGGGAAUUCGUACAUACACGGAACAUCCGGUCUCUUCUAUCUGGACACAUGUACGUAUAUUUAAACUAGAGGAUGCUUUUGUAAAAAAGCGCAUGUCUCCCCCACUGCACUGUGACCUUGACCUUUGACCUACUGACCCCAAAAACAAUAGGGAUCAUCUGCUCUAUAAGACCAAUCAUCCUAUGAAGUUUGAGGGCUGUAGGUCAAAAGGAACUCUAGUUAUCAUCCGGAAACGAGAAAUUGACCAACGGUCACUGUGACCUUGACCUUUGACCUACUGACCCCAAAAACAAUAGGGAUCAUCUGCUCUAUAAGACCAAUCAUCCUAUGAAGUUUUGAGGGCUGUAGGUCAAAAGGAACUCUAGUUAUCAUCCGGAAACGAGAAAUUGACCAACGGUCACUGUGACCUUGACCUUUGAACUACUGACCCCAAAAACAAUAGGGAUCAUCUGCUCAAUAAGACCAAUCAUCCUAUGAAGUUUGAGGUCUGUAGGUCUAAAGGAACUCUAGUUAUCAUCCGGAAACGAGAAAUUGACCAACGGUCAGUGUGACCUUGACCUUUGACCUACUGACCCCAAAAACAAUAGGGAUCAUCAGCUCUAUAAGACCAAUCAUCCUAUGAAGUUUGAGGGCUGUAGGUCAAAAGGAACUCUAGUUAUCAUCCGGAAACGAGAAAUUGACCAACGGUCACUGUGACCUUGACCUUUGACCUACUGACCCCAAAAACAAUAGGGAUCAUCUGCUCUAUAAGACCAAUCAUCCUAUGAAGUUUGAGGGCUGUAGGUCAAAAGGAACUCUAGUUAUCAUCCGGAAACGAGAAAUUGACCAACGGUCACUGUGACCUUGACCUUUGAACUACUGACCCCAAAAACAAUAAGGAUCAUCUGCUCAAUAAGACCAAUCAUCCUAUGAAGUUUGAGGUCUGUAGGUCUAAAGGAACUCUAGUUAUCAUCCGGAAACGAGAAAUUGACCAACGGUCAGUGUGACCUUGACCUUUGACCUACUGACCCCAAAAACAAUAGGGAUCAUCAGCUCUAUAAGACCAAUCAUCCUAUGAAGUUUGAGGGCUGUAGGUCAAAAGGAACUCUAGUUAUCGUCCGGAAACGAAGAAUGGACGGACGGACUGACGGACGGACGGACUGACGGACGGACGGACUGACGGACGGACAGGGCAAAAACAAUAUGUCUCCCCCCGAGGUGGGGGAGACA